CGCGUUGAUUGAAAGUGAAAGUACGUCAACUGACAUUGUGAUUGUUUUGUCACUUGUCGGUCCAACCUGCAUGUGACUGAGGUAAGGUCAUGUUUAGGUUCUAAAAAUUCUGUUCAGCGCGUCUUAAAUUUUAAUUAUUAAAUACCGGAUACACAAUCUUCAUUAAAUUUAAAGAAAAUACCAAAACUAGAUAUUCAGUAAGUAGAGUUGUUGUAACUGUAACUGUAGUUCAGUAGUUACAUUCUCUACUACUAGUAGUAGUAAGUAGGCUUAAGUAGGCCUACUGAUAAUGAGUUAAGAGAAGGGGCCUAUAGUCGGACAACAUCCGGACUCUGGUGGACUGUUUACACCACAUACCACAUAUAGUAGUUGACUGAGUUAGAAUUGUGAGUGUCGUGGUCGUGGAUCACCGUACCGUGGUUGUGGUGCGUAAUAAUAUCAGUUAAUUAGUAUUAUAAUAACGAAAUACAAUAGUAAAUAGUAGAUCUAUUUAUAUGACUAAAUGAUUAUAUGUUGUUUUUUUUAAAUGUUGAAUUAACACUGAGACUUAAAGUGUAUGUCUUCUCUUCACUCUUCAUUUCUAAACAUUGCUUCUUAAAAUUCUUAUCUGUGCAAUUGCAAUUGAAAUUGUAUUACAAAUUGUAUUACAAAUGAAACUCUAUUUACAGAAAUAUCUCUUGAACAGAUAUAUUGCUGUGAAAACCCCCUAGACUUUUUAACAUUUUAAAAAUCUACAUUCUUACAAAUCCGCCUUUCUUUAUGACUAUCAUUUGGAACAUCCGUAGACUUGGAAGUUUAUCUUCAUUAAGUCACUGCACAGCUUUGAAAAUGUUCAACAAGAUGGCUUCUCUCAGCCGUGGCAACUCAUCCAACAACCUCAAGAGUGCAGAUAUAAGUAAGAAAACCCUGGUUGGUGUAUGCCAGAUGAAUGCAACGUCAUUGAAAGCUGACAAUCUUCAAACUAUACUUGACCUUGUGUCAACUGCCAGUGCCAGGGGUGCUCAGGUGGGUCAUUUUGGAGUCAGUAUGUGAAUGUGAUUUUUAGCAUCUGUUGUGAUGAAUAUAACAAUGCUACAUAAUAGUAAUUCAAUUUCUGAACAUUUAUUUUGAAAAUUGUUCAGUUUUUGUGAAAAAUAAUCAGUAUAAAAAAUUAUUUACAAAAAUUUACUCAGUGCUUCGACAUUGUUCUAACAUUUUUGAAUACUAGUAUUAAAAUAAUUUGUACUGAGGGCUAUUGAAUUUGUUUAGAAAACACAGGUCUACUGAUAUCAACUUCACAUAUGAGGGCUUUGAUUUAUUCAACUUAAUUUUUGGAGGGUUAAAACAAAUUUAAAAUUGUUUUUCAUGUAUUAAGCAAAUCCUGAAACAUUUCUUUGACAUAUUUUCCCCACUUUUAAAAAGAAAAUAGAUUGAGCUUGUACUAGUCCCUAAAAUAGUUAUUUUUAUUUUAGCUAUAACUAUGGAGAAAAAAAGCUCAGUGCUCUGUCUCCACUUCAGUCCGCUGUUUGCAUUAUGUACUUUAAACCUUUUUUUUUAAAAUAUGGCUUUAAUGUAGAAGUGUGUCCAAAUGAAAUAUUUUAUAAAAAAAUUAUUACUUACACUAAAUUGAAGUAAAACGAUUGAAAUUUGGGACUGUAUUUAAUUAUUCCCACUCACUGAUAGCAACAGCAAUUCACACUAGAGGCUUGAUUUUUUUAAAAAAGUUUCUGGUUUACAUGUGAAAUUUACCAGAGUACAGAAAUAAUGUUUUUAUAAACUUGGUUCUUAUGGGUAUUUUGUAUGAUAAAACUGUCUUUUAACUAACUGCAUACUCAGAUGGUGUUUUUACCGGAAGCAUGUGACUACAUUGGAGAGUCAAAAAACCAAUCAUUAGAGUGUUCUGAGCCACUUGAUGGCAAUUUCAUUCACCAGCUCCAGAAGGCAGCAGUUCGAUCUAAAGUUUGGCUCUCUGUUGGAGGUUACCAUCAAAAGGUUAGUUUAUUUAAUGUCAUCUAUUUAAUAACAUUGCAAUUAAAUCUUUAUGUCAUUUAUUACAUAACAUUACCAUUAAAUCUUUAUGUCAUUUAUUGUGUAUAAUUACCAAUAAACCUGUAUGUUAUUUAUUAGGUAACAUUACCAUUAAAUCUCUUCUAUUUGUGAUAAUUAUCUCUUACUUGUGGCAUCUAAUAGAUCAUCUUGCUGAGCAAAGUCAGUCAUAAUAUUGGUUAUUCUUAGAUUAUGGAAUGUUCAGUUAGAAAACAUUUGUUUUUCUGCCUGAAUUUCUAAAUAUAUGUUGCUUUUGACAGGGUCCUGAUAAUGAAGAGAAGCCAAAACUAAUUAACACACACAUCAUUAUUGAUAAUGAAGGUAAGAUUAGGGCCACCUAUGAUAAGACUCACCUUUUUGACUUGGAUAUUGGUGGCAAAAUUCGUUUGUGUGAAAGUGACUAUGUCAUUCCAGGGAGUAAAAUUGUUCCUCCAGUCGACACCCCUGUUGGAAGAAUAGGUUUGGCCACUGUAUCCUUGCAGCUUAGUCUUUAUCUCCCCUGCCCUAGUGUUACGUCUUGGAAUCAGUUUAUCAGAUCUGUUUACUCUUACGAUUUUGGCGUACAAUGUACGAUUUUCAGGUUUAUACAUUAUAUAUACUGUAUGUUUUUUACUAUUAAGAUAACGUAUUGAACAAUUUUGUGAUAAUAUUGUAUGAUUUUAAGAGUUUGAGGGUAAACAGGUCUGGUUUAUUAAUGAUUUUUUAAUUUAAAGAAUUAGAACUUAUUUCUAUAGAUCAAUGCUUAACUGUGACAAUCUGUUUUGAUGGGUAAUAUUGAGAAAUAAUUUGAACUAUAUAGGGAAUCAGUUUGUCUAGAAUACUUGUAAAAUGAAGCCAGACAUUAAUAUAAUAUUUAACAUAAUUGAAAGAUUUUUUGUUUAUUAUUUUUGCUAUAAUAAUUUUUGUUAAGGACACAUGACAAGUUUUUAAAAAACUAAAUUAAUGUAAUGUUUCCAGAACUAAAUUAAGUGCAAUAUCUACUGUACUAAAUAAAAAAUGUAAUGUCCCUGAACUAAAAAAAAUGUUACUAUUUUUCUUGAAUUUAAUAAAAAGUGUUAGAUUUUUUACAAUUUUCCUGAACUAAAUAAAAGUGUUAUGACAUGAGAUUUCCUGAACUCUCCUUGGCCCUUGUACAGCAAGGGGCACAGAUUUUAACAUACCCAUCAGCCUUUACACAAACAACUGGGAUGGCACAUUGGGAGGUUGGCAUUUAAAAUUGAUAUUAUCUUACAUCAGUAAUACGUGUUAGUCAAUUAUUCCUAAAUCAAUUUAAGGCGCUUUUACAUUUAUUGAAAGGAAUGGGAAAACAAAAUUAAUUAAAUUUUUUUUUUCAAUCUUAACUUUAGAAGUAUCUCACAUAUUUUAAAUUGUCUGUUUAAAGAAUAUUUUUCAGCUUCUUAUGUUGUAAUAAUUGAUAUGUUAUGAUGUUAAAUUUUAAUUUGGUGCCUGAUAUCUCCUGGGUCUCCAGUGUUUAUUAAGGGCGAGGGCCAUUGAAACUCAAUGCUAUGUUAUUGCUGCUGCACAAACAGGAAAACACAAUGCAAAGAGAUCUUCUUACGGUCACGCCAUGGUAAGAAUUCAUUAGCAUGCUUUUAGCAGACUAUUUUGUGUCGACUACAUUUCCUGUUAACUUUUUAUUAUAUCCCAAAACUGUGAAUGAAUCUAAGAGCCAAAAAUAACUUCUUCAUAUCUUUAGCCAGCGAAGUCCUUGUUAAUGCUGUACUUUAUUUUUGUUUAGGUUGUGGACCCAUGGGGUGCUGUGAUAGCUCAGUGUAGUGAAGGUGCUGGGGUGUGCUUGGCUGAAAUUGAUCUGGAUUAUGUGGCCAAAAUCCGCAGUGAAAUGCCAGUGUGGCAACACAGACGGACAGAUUUAUAUGGACGUGUAAUAUCACUGGACUCAGAUGCCUCAACAAGUGAGAUUGUUUCAGAUAUAGUUUGUGAAUGAUAUCAGUGAGAUUGUUUCAGAUAUAGUUUGACUGAUACCAGUGAGAUUGUUUCAGAUAUAGUUUGUGAAUGAUACCAGUGAGAUUGUUUCAGAUAUAGUUUGUGAAUGAUAUCAGUGAGAUUGUUUCAGAUAUAGUUUGUUAAUGAUACCAGUGAGAUUGUUUCAGAUAUAGUUUGUGAAUGAUACCAGUGACAUUGUUUCAGAUAUAGUUUGUGAAUGAUACCAGUGAGAUUGUUUCAGAUAUAGUUUGUGAAUGAUACCAGUGAGAUUGUUUCAGAUAUAGUUUGUGAAUGAUACCAGUGAGAUUGUUUUAGAUAUAGUUUGUGAAUGAUACCAGUGAGAUUGUUUUAGAUAUAGUUUGUGAAUGAUACCAGUGAGAUUGUUUUAGAUAUAGUUUGUGAAUGAUACUAGUGAGAUUGUUUUAGAUAUAGUUUGUGAAUGAUACCAGUGAGAUUGUUUUAGAUAUAGUUUGUGAAUGUUUUAUUUGUGUGUAACUUUACUUGGACAUUGACAUUUACUUGCCUCAUUUUCUGCUUAUGAUUUUUUUAGCUAUCAUUUCAUAUUUUGUAAUCUUGAAAAUUAUUCUUAGAUACCGCUAACAAAUUUUCAUCUUGUUAUGUUGUGCAACCUAAUAAAUAGUUAUUUUUUUAAAUUUUCAUAAGUAGAAUUUUAUUUCAUGGAGUGAGGACUGCCACCCUCUGUUAGAUUUAUUGUCUGAAUCAAUGUACUCUCACACAACUAACAAACACAAAGGUUUUUUUUAGUGCAGCUUUAAUGCUCAUAAUUUUUGUACCAAUUUAGUUCCCCCAGAUGACGACACGACCUACCAAUUCGGACAUGUCAGGAUUGCAUCAAGCCAAGUUUUCUACCGCACACGGCUGUCCAUAGCAUUUGUCAACAUAAAACCUGUGUUGCCAGGGCGUAUCCUUUCUCAAGUUUUUUUGUCAUUACCUUUAUUUCAGGCCUGUUUAUAAUUACCUUUAUUUCAGGCCUGUUUAUAAUUACCUUUAUUUCAGGUCUGUUUAUAAUUACCUUUAUUUCAGGCCUGUUUAUAAUUACCUUUAUUUCAGGCCUGUUUAUAAUUACCUUUAUUUCAGGCCUGUUUAUAAUUACUCUUAUUUCAGUUAGUUGAUAAUUACUCUUAUUUCAGUUAGUUGAUAGGCGCAACAAUUAAUUGAUUGAAUAUUUGUAUAGGACUUUAACAGUGGAGUUUCAUGAGGAGGGGAGGGGGCUAGUAUUACUGUAUUCUAUAUUUAAGUUAUGCAUAUAGUUUCUUGAUAUACUUUCUUGACCAGUAAACCAGAUGUUUUGGUCACGCCUAUUGGAAGUAAUGCAUAUAGUUUCUUGAUAUACUUUCUUGACCAGUAAACCAGAUGUUUUGGUCACGCCUAUUGGAAGUAAUGCAUGUAGUUUCUUGAUAUACUUUCUUGACCAGUAAACCAGAUGCUUUGGUAGCCCCUAUCCGUGCGGCUGUUAGAAUGACAGACCUGAAUCCAGCUGAAGUGACAGAUAUGUUUUUGACAGUUCAGCGAGUCAUUGAAGUAUUAAAGAGGCAUUUUGAUGCUCCCUCAUCCACACUUGCUAUUCAAGAUGGCAUGGAGGCUGGACAAACUAUUCAGGUCAGUUGCCAGAACUGGCAUGUUGGGUGUUUGCAUUCAUUUUCAAUCCAUCCUAUUGAAGAAAAUGUAAGAAGUCUGACUAUUGAGACGUGGAGAAGAGUGUUGGAGAUAAAACACGUUUACUGUGUCAGUAUUUGAAUGUGGAGAAGAAAAGUGUUGGACCCAGUGAACGUGUCAGUGGCUGAUUUCCUUGAUAUGCUAUCUUGACAUCAAUUGCUGCUACAGCUUACUUUAAAUGCUUUAUGACAGUUGGGGAAAACAUUUUUAUAGAAAUUUAGUGUAUGGGACCUCAAUUUGCAGAUUGUAGAAUAUGUUAAUUUAUAAUUUGUUUAAAAAUUGUGUUUUUUUUCCUCUUUCUAUCUCAGCAUGUACACACUCACAUACUACCUAGGAAACGUGGAGACUUUUCUGAUAAUGAUGAUAUCUAUGACCAUGUGAGUACAUUCAGAUGUACCAAUUUUCGUGAGCUUUGGUUAGAUCAGGGGUUUUGAAAAGCAAGGAAAUUGUUCAAAGACAUAUUUACAAGAUCAGCUCCUCAAAUAUUUAGCUCCAAAAGGCUGGUGUUAAGUUUGUAUUCCUUAAAAGGUCUUGGAACUAGCUUAAAAUGAUGUUGAUAAGAAGCCACUGCAGGCAUUUCAAAUAAUCUGACCAACCUAGCAUCUGUUCAUUCCUUUGAAAUAAUGACCUAGGAUAAAACUAUUACUUUUGUCUAUAAAGAAAUAAUUACAUAGGAUAAAACUAUUACUUUUGUCUAUAAAUCAAUAAUUAAAAUUUCUGAUGAAAUCAUUAUUAUUGUUUAAAAGUCAAUAAUAACAAGGACUAAUUAAACUACUGUAGGUUACAGUGUAUAACACGAUACACUUAUCAAUAUGGAACCUUUAAAAUGCUGUGUCUGCAUAUCAUUGUUAUUAAAAUAUCAAAUCCUUACAACUUUUAUAACUUUUAAAAUGAUCUGUUGUCAUACCCAUACUACUAUGAUAAUAUCCCAUCAAGUGAGCACUACUUACAUUACUUUCUUUAUGAUAGGAUUCACCAUCUAUCACAGAGUGUUUCGUAUAGAUUUGUUUGCAUAGGCAUAGGUAUCUAUAGAUUGUUUAAUACACACCAAUAACUUUGAGUAUUAUUUUUUUACAUACCUUUCUUGCAUUACAUGUCACAAAUUUUUGUCCGGGUGCUGCCUUUCCAAUCUUACUGAACUUCUUUCUGUCCAUUCACCCCUUUGAAAGCUCUGUUCCUCUGCAGACACGCGUAUUCUUUCUGUGCUCAGAACACGCACUAAAACAUAUGGUGAACAAUAUUUAUGUUUCUGGAGUGGAAACAAUGAAAUUCUCUCCCAUUACACAUCCACAAUAUACCGACCAUCCCAACCUUCAAAACUAUCCUCAAGACCCAUCUCUUGAAACUCUACUAUACAGACUUAUUAUCACCCCCCCCCCCCCCCCCCUAACUACUAAACAAAGCUCAAUGCUACUGGGGGCUGGACAGGGGUGGAUAAAACUUGGGGUGGGUGAGGUCAAGCUUUUUAUCAAUGGUUGUUUUUAAAUGUAUCCAUUUCUGUCAUUGCUAAUGUGUGUGUGAAGCCCACUGAGCCUAGCCCUAGGCUGGGGUACUGCGCUAUGUAAACCCACCUUAAUAAUAAUAAUAAUAAUAAUAAUAAUUUUAUGCUGCAAUAUACCGUAUGACUAUUGUGUAUUCAGCCUGUCUGAUAAAACUAUUUUAUUGUGUUUAAAUUUAUGCUACCAUUCAAUCAUGUUUCCACUACAGAAGAGUUUUUCCCCAUUUCUCUUUCAGCUCCAGAACCACGAUAAAGGAUGGACUGAACACACAAAACUUCGAUCUGAAGAAGAGAUGGCUGCAGAGGCUAAAUCAUUGCGCUCAUAUUUCUAUCCUUCACCUCCACAAGAAGAGUUGUAAAGAUUUUUUAUUGUCAGACUUAUAUUUUGAUGCUCACUGCCAUCUAGUUCUUUAUGGUUGGGAAUCACUGAAUUUAUACGCUCACUUGGUCUAAGAUUCCAAUAAAAGUAUUUUUAGACCUUUAAUAAUAAUCACUUGUAUACUGUACAUGUAACUGGACUGCCUCUUCAUGGUGAUGGGUUGAUGUGGAAUUUUUUUAUUGAUCAAAGAAAAUGUCAUUCCAAAUAAAUAUUGGCAUCAAAAGGAUGUUUUCAAAGCCAUGUUACUGACACACAAACAGGUUCAUAACCAUAUGACUGACAUAUUUUGACAACACACUUCUACAGUUAGUCACUCAUAAAUUCUAUCCUCGAAUUGAGCUGUUUAAAUGUUCAUUCUUUGUACUUGGUAUAUAAUUUAAAAACCAUUUCCCAUUUUGUUCACUUCUAACAUAAAGACCAAAUUAUCAUGUGAUUUCAGCAUCAAAGUCUUUAGUGACAAGUAUUGUUUUGUUUGGAUUUUUUCUCAGGGAUUUUUAUGAUUUGUUGAUUCAAGAAUUUGUGUAAAACAAAAGACAUUGACUGAACUAAGCAAAAUAGUUCAGAAUGAUUUGCCAGAAACUAGAGAUUAAUGAGCUACUCAUGGUCAUCAUAAUUCAAAUAAAGAAAAAUUAAGUAAUAUUUGAUUGAUAGCUAAAUUCUGUUUUGAAACUUUUACAUAGGUAGACAGUUACUGCCCUUGUCAUUUAUCAUUCGAGAUAAGCAACUAGACAUUUCGAUACACCGGUAACAUUGAUAAAUCUUUCAUUUUUAUGACAAGUUAGUCCAUCAUUGAAAGGGUAAGUUUGUUUUUAAAGAAUGUAACUCUGGCCAGCAAACAUUGAUGUUUUAUCCAGCGUUGGUCCAACUUGUGUGCUGUUUAUCCAGAUACGUACAAUCUGUCAAUAGUGCUCAAAUGAAUUGAGUUACCUUUGUCACACUCCUAAUCAGGACUUGUCACACUCCUAAUCAGGACUUGUCACACUCCUAAUCAGGACUUGUCACACUCCUAAUCAGGACUUGUCACACUCCUAAUCAGGACUUGUCACACUCCUAAUCAGGACUUGUCACACUCCUAAUCAGGACUUGUCACACUCCUAAUCAGGACUUGUCACACUCCUAAUCAGGACUUGUCACACUCCUAAUCAGGACUUGUCACACUCCUAAUCAGGACUUGUCACACUCCUAAUCAGGACUUGUCACACUCCUAAUCAGGACUUGUCACACUCCUAAUCAGGACUUGUCACACUCCUAAUCAGGACUUGUCACACUCCUAAUCAGGACUUGUUACACUCCUAAUCAGGACUUGUCACACUCCUAAUCAGGACUUGUUACAUGUUCUCAAUGUAUGUUUAAAAGAUACAAUUGGCUUGUUCAAUAUCUUAAUGAUAAUUUUGUUCAAACUUUAUCCAGAAUGAUUACAUUUUGAUUUUUUGACU